GAUCUAACAUAUAUGAAUUGUUCAGUUCAAACAGUAACAAAAUUAGGUUUGUGAGUUCAUGCUUUUCUCCUUAUUUCAGGCUAAGGCAAGUUAUUUUUCAGUUCUUAGUAGUAACCCGGUGAUUUCUGAGUAGCUAAACAUAGAUUAAGAAGUUUCACAGUUAAAUUUUAAUUCUUUCCUAAUUUCUCUUUAUCCGUACUUGAUUACCUAAGGAUAAAGUUAUUAUACAAUCAUGUACCCUGACAGAAAAGACAGCUGAAAGUCAAAUCAAGCCAAAUAAGCUUCUGCUUUUACAUCUGCAAAAAAUGCCUCAAGAACCAGAAACGAAUAAGGAAUGUGGUAGAGAGGACCUGUCUGUAUAUUCAGGACUUCCUUGUGUGGAAAAGUGUGAGGAAAUGUGGAACAAGCAAGGCAAAUUAGAGUGGAAAAAUAACUUAAAACGCGUCACAGAGGAGUUAAAACAGAAGUUUGGUGCAAUUUGUGAAAAAUGCAAAAUUCCUCUUGGUCCUGAGGAAGAGCCACCGCAUGAUAACUCCAGAAAAGGAGCAGACAUACAGGAAACACUCUCUACUUUGACAAAAAAUACACUGGAUGGUGAGGAAAAAGAUGCUGGAGUAUCUAUCUCUGUAGUAUUCCAGGCAUUUCCUCAACAGAAAGGGCCCAGUCUUGAAAAUGUUUCUCCAUCGUAUUCACACUCUGGGUCCCCAGCAUACGCUUGUCAGUCAUCUUCAAAGCUUUAUUUAAGUGAAAAUAAAUUAAACUAUAAAAGUGAUCAGCCAGACACUGAACACGUUUUUAACAGACACAAGGAGAGUUUUUAUAAUGGUACAGAAAAUAAAAAAGGAAGGACCCCAGUAGUUAUUUUUGAAGUGAAAGAAGACCAAGAGUUUGAUAUGCAAAUGUUACAAAGCAGAACUCAAUGUACCACUAAUUGGAAAUCAGACAUUGGACACCUAUCUCAGUCUGGUGAUCCCAAAAGCCCUUUUGAUUUGUGGCUUGCCCGCUCCAGUGAAAUGAAACACAUGAUUCACAUAAAAAGUGACGGUAUUUCUGCUGUUACAAAUACUUCUAAGAAAACCAAACCAGUACAAGACUGGUUCCAGAGGUCCUUGCAUACAGAUAAUUGCAGUGCUAAUAACUAUAAAAGCAUGGAACCCGAAUUAGGAAAUGGGAGUUCUCCAUCGAAUAGUAACAGAACAUCCAAAGUAUAUCUAAGCGAAGAAUUACAGCAAGAUAUGCAAAGGUUUAAGAAUGAGAUAGGCAUGUUACAAGUAGAGUUCCUGGCUUUGGAACAAGAGAAAAUUCAACUUCAGAAAGAGGUAGAGGUUCAUUUGCUGCAGCUUUGUUUUUGUCUCUUUGUCAGUUAUCUGAUCCAUUCUGAUUUUUCCACUUACGAACAUAGCUUAUGUAUAAAAUGGGGUUAUCUAUACAUGUAAUUGCAUAGAAAGAGGUUAUUUGUGCCACCUAAAUAAGAGAAGUUCAGGAAAAUAUUUUCAUGGGUUUUGUUCCUUAAUCAACCUAAGUCUCUCUCUGUCAUUCUUUCCUGUUGACUGGGAAACUAAUUUAGCACUAUGUGACUUCUGAGCCAGAAUAAGCACAAAGGAAAUUGCUUAAGAAAUAUAUUAAGCUAGAGUUUUGGGGUCUCCCCCUUUAAAACCUAUUGGCUUAAAUUUAAAUUGCAUUUUCAUAGAAUGAGAAGGAAGCGGUGAAUGAGAGAAGGGACAUAAACACAUAUUUCCACUAAAAUAAUCUAUUCACUGUGCUGUAAUGUGUGCAAUCUUACCUGCUUUUCUCAGUCCCUUGGGACUUAGAAUUCCAACAUGUCCACUUCAAGAUAUUUUUAAUAACAAACGCAUGUAUUCUUACAUAUUCUUUAUUCACCAUUCUAAGCUGUUUCUAUUGAGUCAGACCUGUAUAUUUUGUUGUUAUUUUAUAAAAUGUAGUAAGGUUUGACAUGUAUAAUUUUAUCGGGUAGGUGGUAUAAACCCUCAGCAAAAAAAAA